AUGGUAGCUAGCAUAAGCAAAGAAUGUUCUACAAAGACAGUGCACAAAUAUAUAUUUUUUCUCAUCACCAUACUAGGCGUGCUCCUUCAACUAAAGCAGGGAGCUGCAGUGGCAUCUCUAUUUGACACAAACUACCCGACUAUUAUGAGCCUUAUUGUUACUUUAACCCUUUACGGCGGAUCAUUGAUUGGAAGUACAUACAUACAGCAAGCUCGCCUCAAUCCAGAUUUGGAAAAGUUCAUGACCAAGAUUAGCCUCCUUUUUGGAACUCUUGCCUUGGUUUUGGAAUUGGUGAUCCUUGUUCCGAAUUUAGGGUUAGCUGCCCUCUUCUUUUGGAUCGUUUGCUUUAUGAGCUUUGUAGCUUUGUACUCUUGGCUAUACGUGAAAAAAUUGUAUAAAAUUGCAUUUUCAGGAGUUGUUUACGGCUUUGAAAAGUUGAAAGAAUAUGUGAACAUGAUCAUUGCCCGCUUUGCAGUGAAAGCUGAGGAGCAAAGUGGGUUGCCGCACCUUGUGAAACGAAUGUGCAGUGGCUGUUCUAAGACUAAGAGCCAGAAAGAGAUCCAAUAA